AUGAAUACGGCCCCGCACGUCUACGAGCGCGCUGUCGCCACGUGGCCCGCCGUCACGCGGUGGCGGUCGCCGCGUUACUGGGUUGCUGAACUUGGGGCGCGCAUCGUUCCUGUGGAAGUAGGCAUCGCGCACCGCGACUCGGACCUCGCGCAGCAGCGGCUGGUGCCCUUUGGCGAGUACGUCGAUGCCGUGCUCCUGCCGCUCGCGCGCGGGGAGGCGGCGAGUCUCGGUGGUACCGUGUGCGCCGUCUCCGAAGUCGUGCCCGUCACAUCAGCGCGAACGGUCGCUUACCUGGCACAGCACCCGCUGCUCGAGCAGUGCCCGCAGCUGGCGAGAGACGCCGCGCCCUGGCCGCGGUUCGUGCAAGACGCCAUCGCGCUCGGGCCGCGCGCGCAGCGAUCGCUCGAGCCCAUCGUCUCGGCCUGGGUGGCGCCCCGCGGCGCCACGACGCCGCUGCACUUCGAUCGGCACCCGAACUACUUGUGCCACGUCGUCGGAAGAAAGUUGGUGUACUUGUGGCCCCCCGAUACGCCGACGAUCCCUCGCAACGCGCCUCCGGCCGAAAACACGUCGCCGCUCGACGCCGCGUCCCUCGUCGACGCCUGCGAGCUCCGCGCGGAUCUGCGACCGGGCGACGUGCUCUUCAUUCCCGAGGGCUGGUGGCACUAUGUCGUCACUCCGGUGACCUCUGUUUCUGUAAGUAUAUGGUUCUAG